AUGGAAUACCCAGGUCGAAAUAAGUCUCAAAUUAAGCUUAGUGGCGGUAGUGAUGGCAGAGGUAUUUUCAAUGCCGCUGGAAAUGGAGGCAAUGGACAAGCCAGGUCCAGAUGGAAAGAGAAAUCAGUUACAAGGGAUGUGCCGAGGGUGAAUUCACAAGAAGCAGCUACUUCCAUUGAGAAGCAGCAAAGUAUUGAGAAAGGAAACACUUAUGCUAAUUCUAAAGCAUCUAGCCAAGUUGAGGUUAGGGACUGUGUUCAGGGUGAACUAAUCGGAAAUGAGGAUGCUGGAUAAAAAGGGGUACAAAGUCUGACACAAAAUCUUCAUCUUAUUUUAGAUGGAUAGAGUGAACAGUGGCAAAUAGUGAAGAGCAAAGGGAAGGAGAAAGUGAUAGAAGAGCAACCUUUAAGACUGGAGGUAAACUUGUCAUCUGAAAUAGAGUGCUCGAUGAAGAGGGCUAUAGAACCUUCCAACAAGUUCUAGGCUCUGGAUUUAGUACCAGCUACAGAGAUGGAGGAGGCAGAUGAGGGCGUUAGUGAUUUUGAGCCGCCUGAACCUGGAUCCAUGAUGGACAAAAUCAAGGCCAUUGACGAGGUGGAAAACCUGCUUUCUACAUCAACUAGAAAGAA